UCCUGGGUGUCGAUAUUACACCAAUGCCAUCUAGCGAGCCGACGCCAGCUGCUCACAGAGUUUCGUUCAGCGAGGGGGGGGGAAAGAUUGCUCCCUCCUGCACGAAGGGGCACGGGCUUUUGCCAAAGGCGGCCCUAGCCGACAGACCGACUCUAUCGGCGAUCGAAAUCUAGCGGACCAAGUCGGUCCGUCGACGAGGACUGGCGUGUCUCUGUGUUUCGUUCAGCUUUCCUGUCUUUCUUUUACAGUCUUUGCGCUAAACACUCUUGACUAAACCUUUCACACACGGUACCGGUUUAGAAAUCUGGCAACUCUGUUCCUUUGGUGCCUGCAGUGUAGUAUAUUUUACCAGUUUAGUGUUGCUUGCCAAAGCCGUGCAACACGGCGGUAGUAGGAGCGGCGCUCUAGGGACCAAGAGGAUGGUGGGGAACUCUCGCCUUGAGUGGCCUGACGUCGUAGUUAUGGGCUGCUACUUUUUGAGUGUCCUUGGUGUCGGUGUGUGGUCCUCGCGAAAGGGCCAGAGCACCACCAUGUCCGGCUUCUUCUUGGCCUCCCGCGACAUGAACUGGGUCCUCGUUGGCGGCUCACUCUUCGCCAGCAAUAUUGGGUCGGGCCACUUCAUCGGGCUGGCCGGAGCUGGGGCGGCAUCGGGUGUGGCUGCCCACGGCUACGAACAAGCGGCAAUUUACGGGCUGCUGACACUGGGGUGGGUGUUCGUGCCUGUGUACAUGAGUGCCGGAGUGUACACGAUGCCGGAGUACUUAAGGAUGAGGUACGGAGGUCAUCGCAUCAGAGUCCUCCUGACGUGCAUCUCCCUCUCCCUCUACAUCUUCACCAAAAUUGCUGCCGACCUGUAUGCGGGAGCGCUCUUCAUCCAGCAGGCCAUGAACCACACCUCCCAGGCGUCGCUGUACGUUAGUGUGGCAGUUCUGCUCACCGUGGCCGCCAUCUUUGCAAUCGCCGGGGGCCUCACCACCGUCGUGUACACCGACACGCUGCAGACCUUCCUCAUGGUGAUCGGCGCCCUCAUCCUCUCCGCCAUGACCUUCCAUGCGGUGGGUGGCUAUAGCAACAUGGUGGAGAGUUUCCCUUACGCCCAAGCCAGCGUACAGGCCCUGGACGACCGCCAGCAACCCUGCGGUAAAACAUCCCGUUAUUACAUGAAUUUGCUGCGACCCAUAGACCCUGAAAACAUGGACUACCCAUGGCUGGGCAUGGUCUUCGGCAUGGCCAUCUUGCAAGUGUGGUACUGGUGCACCGACCAGGUAAUAGUGCAGAGGACGCUGGCCAGUAGGAGUAUGCUGCAUGCCAAGGGUGGCACCAUCAUGGCUGCCUACCUCAAAUUUCUGCCUCUCUGGGUUAUGGUGUUUCCGGGAAUGGCUGCGAGAAUCCUUUACCCUGACCGCGUGGCCUGCGCUAGUCCUGACCAGUGCCUGGCUGUCUGUGGCAGCGAGAGGGGCUGUACCAACUCCGCCUACGUGGAGCUGGUGCUUAAUGUUCUGCCAACAGGAUUAAAAGGAAUGAUGUUGGCAGUAAUGAUGGCAGCCCUUAUGUCUUCUCUUACUUCCGUCUUCAAUUCGGCCUCCACCAUCGUUAGCGUCGACAUUUGGCACCUGGUACGAACAGGCGGCCCGGCGUGGAUCCGCGGCUCGCCCUCCGAGCAGGAGAUGAUCAUGGUGGGGCGCGUGUCCGUGGUUCUGCUGGUGGCUGCGUCCGUCGUCUGGAUCCCUGUCAUUCAAAACUCAGGAAACUCCCAACUCUUCGACUAUAUAAACACCAUCGUCAGCAUACUUUGUUCCCCCAUCUGUGCCAUCUACGUCCUCGGCCUCUUCUGCCCAAGAAUCACUGAGAAGGGCGCCUUCUGGGGCCUGGUGACGGGGCUGUUCAUGGGGAUCGUGCGUUUCAUUGCAGAGUUUUACUUCACCGUCCCGCCCUGCGGAUCAGGAAAACCAGACCUGCGGCCAGAGUUUAUCAAGAAGGCAGUUGGGCAGGUUCACUACCUACAUUUUUCUCUCCUGUGCUUUGUGGUGACGGUGGCAGUUUGCUUCAGUGUUUCCCUCGUCACGGAGCCAAUACCUCCCGAGAGGCUGUACCGACUGACGUUCUGGAAUAGACGAGACCCGAGAGUAAGACAAGCAAAGAGACCGCCCACUACCUCAGGCGGCGAUAAGCAGCAGCCUGGUACUGACCCAGAGAGCCUCUCGCAGCAGGCACCGAGCAGCAGGCAAGGCCCCACAGGUGCAUGGUGGAGGCAGCUACUGCUUAGGGUCUGUGGGGGGUCUGGAAGGAAGGAGGCUGCAGGGGCGGCUGAUGGUGACCAAACUGACCCGAGCCCUGAGGAAAAGGCCCAGAAAGCGGCGGACUUCCUUACUGAGCCCCCGAAGUGGAAAAAGUUCGUCAACAUCAACGCUGUAAUCUGCCUCACCCUCAGCACCUUCGUGUAUGGGUUCUACGCCUGACGUACCUGCCUGCAACUUGACUCCUUCAGCAAGGCAAGCUAAGAGG